AUGCGAUUGAAUAUCACAAAUGCUUUACUAUCAUCACUCCCACACGCUUCGCCCACUUCCAAAUUCAAAUUCACGUUCCCACCCGGAAAUUGCAUUCGCGUUCGCGCUCUCAACGCCUUCUCCUCUCUCCUAACUACUCGCCACGACGACCACGACGAUUUGUUCGCCCCUCUUCCCACUCCCCGUCACGUCGACAAAGCCACCAACGCCAUCGAGAGAAUCGCCCUGCGCUUGCGCAACUUAGAGUUAGCCUCCGCCGACCACGCUGCUGACGACGAUUUCCUGCGACGCGAAUGGCUUCGUCCCGACGAGGCGCUUUUGCCGUGGAACAAGCAAGAAGAAAAAGAGGAGGAGGAGCACGAGGAACAGGAGAAGGGGAAACUAAAGAAAAAGAGCGUUAAUGCAGCGACACUGGCGGAGCAAUCGCUGGAGGAGGAGGAGCUGCGGCGGUUACGAACGCUGGGAAUAAGUCUUAAAGAGAAGAUCACUAUCCCCAAAGCUGGCCUCACGCGAGCCGUGCUCGACAAAAUUCACCGUCAAUGGAGCAACUGCGAGUUGGUGAGGCUCAAGUUUCACGAGCAUCUUGCCCAGAACAUGAAGUUGGCUCAUCAAAUUGUUGAGGGUAGAACUAGAGGUUUAGUUAUAUGGAAGUCGGGAAGAUAUAUGUGGGUGUACCGUGGUAGGAAUUACCAAGGGCCGAUGCAACCAAAUGAAAAGGAAGGAGAUGAUCAAAUUUAUGUGCCCGCAAAUGGUGAUCCAGUUUUCUGGAAGGAGAACAUGACACCAGAGGAAGUGGAGUUUAACAGGAUGCUUGAUGGCUUUGGUACUCGUUUCGUUGAAUGGUGGGGCACUGGAAUACUUCCAAUUGAUGCUGAUUUGCUUCCCCCUACAGUUCCUGGUUACAAGACGCCUCUUAGGCUUCUUCCUGCUGGAAUGCGUCCACGACUGACCAAUGAUGAACUCACCAAUAUGCGGAAACUUGCCAAAUCACUUCCUUGUCACUUUGCCUUGGGGAGGAAUAGAAAUCUUCAAGGUCUGGCAUCUGCUAUUCUCAGGCUUUGGGAGAAAAGUUUAGUUGCAAAGAUUGGAGUCAAGCGUGGUCUUGUGAAUACAAAUAAUGAACUGAUGGCUCAGGAGCUGAAGAAAUUAACAGGAGGUACCUUACUUCUACGGAACAAAUAUUACAUUGUAAUAUUUCGUGGGAAGGACUUUGUUCCCACCAGUGUAGCUGCUGUUAUUGCUGAAAGACAGGAAAUGACAAAACACAUGCAGGAUGUUGAGGAGAAGGUCCGGUGCAAAGUUCAUGACGUAGCUCCAUCAAGGGAAGAUGAAUCAACAGCACAAGCAGGAUCAUUGGCGGAGUUCUAUGAGGCUCAGGAAUGCUGGGGAAGGGAUAUAUCUACUGAAGAAAAGGAUAGGAUGAUGCAAGAUGCGGCCAAAUCUAAGCAUGCUAAGCUUGUAAAAAAAAUUGAUCGUAAACUAGCUGUUGUAAGUAUCUACUUGUUUUGUGAAGGUUAUAUGCUUGGAAAAGCCCAGGCCAAAAGGCUUAGAGCAGAAAAGCUGUUGGCAAAAAUAGAAGCAUCUUUGGUUCCAGUUGGUCCUGAUUAUGACAAGGAAACAGUCACAGAUGAAGAAUGUGUUAUGUUCCGUUCAGUUGGUUUAAGAAUGAAGGCAUACUUGCCACUUGGUAUACGCGGUGUUUUUGAUGGUGUCAUUGAGAAUAUGCAUUUACAUUGGAAACAUCGAGAACUUGUUAAGUUAAUAACAAAACAAAAGACUCUUGCUUUUGUUGAAGACACAGCUAGGUUACUGGAAUAUGAGAGUGGUGGAAUACUAGUAGCAAUAGAUAAAGUUCCUAAAGGAUUUUCUCUUAUUUACUAUCGUGGAAAGAAUUAUCGGCGACCUAUGACUCUAAGGCCUAGAAACCUUCUAACAAAGGCAAAGGCAUUGCAGCGUUCAAUAGCCAUGCAACGGCAUGAGGCUCUGAGUCAGCAUGUAACUGAAUUGGGGGAAAAAAUAGAAAAAAUGAAAAAAGAACUUGUUUUCUCGCAAGAUUUGGGGCCUGAAGAUAGGUGGAACAUUGAGGACGACAACCAAAUAGACCAUAUAUCAGAAUUCGCCCCAGCGGUUGUUCUGCAGAAUGAGGAUGAAUACUCUGACAGAGAUGACAAUGGUGGGGAUUUCAAUAGCGAGGAAUACAGUGAUUGCAAUGAUGAGGAUUCUGAAUUUUAG